AUGGUGUAUCGAGGGCCUAGCAGCGGCUGCUCGACCUGUCGAAGACGUCGCGUCAAGUGUGACGAAAAGACUCCAGGCUGUGGCAAUUGCCUCAAGUUAAGGGUUCAGUGUCCUGGGUAUAAAGAUGUCUUUGAGAGACGGCACCGAAGCGAAACACGCAAAGUCGUUGGGCGUAAUGGUGGACAUUCUGGCUGUAUCAACACACUUAGGCCGGAACGCAGCGAUACUGCCAAGGCUUCCCUCAAGGACCAACCAGAUUCGACAUCAUCGUUGAUCCUUUCUCCCUCUGAAAUCUUGUCACCACCGUUAGAUUCCGAAUAUCUUUCGCUGAGCUUUUUCUUCCAAGCAUACGGCUCCAACGGCGGCAAAGAUGGCACAUGCUCACUAUUCGCCAUUAUCCGGGACCUGUAUGCUGGAUGCACCCAACGUUCUCCUCUAUUCCUUGCUACAUGUGCACUUGCCAUUAAAAUCGCCGGGCUCUGGGGUCAACACGAUGUCAAUCCAGUGCCCGCACGUCGCCGCUACGCCGAGGCUGUCACGUGCGUAAAGGAGGCCAUCAAGGACCCAACCAAGAACAAAUCCAAUGAGCUACUCAUGGCUACAUUGAUUUUGGAAGUUUACGAUGAAAUUAAUGCGAAUUAUCAACACGGACCAAGAGCAAGUGUGCAUCUCUCAGGCUCCACGGCGCUAUUAACACAUAGGGGCGAGCUGAACUAUCGAGAUGAUGUGUCUCGGCGCAUAAUGCUCGCAGCGCGAAAUAAAAUAGCAGCUGAUGCGAUAUUAAACCGUCGGAAAAUUCCGGAAUUGCCCAUCUUGUUCCAACAAGCUGGAGAGCUGAUGCCGGCCAGCCCAGCACUCGAGGUGGAUAGGCUGGCCUUUCAGGUCUCCAAGUUGUCAAAUUCAAUGCGAUCAGAGAGUAAAACGAGCGUAGCAGUCGUUGGCGGAGCAGAAGACGAAAGACGCCUUUCUUUUCUAACCCAGGCUGCUGCACUCGCGGCUGACUGCACACGAUGGAUUAACAGUCUCCCAGACUAUUGGCACCCAGUGAAGUUGAAUGGCGAUGCAAUUGCCGAGACAAUCCAAGCGGCAGGAUUAUAUGACGGAUCGUGUGAUGUGUACAUCAAUUUCUCGGUUGCAGCGACGCGGAACUGGCAUCGCCUCAUCGAGCUCCAUGUUCUUCUACUUCUGUGCCAAUGCUGGGAAAACAUUGGCUCUCAACCCGCAUACAGCAUAGUAUUACGAGUACAGAACAUUGUGGCCGAGAUCUGUGCAAGCGUUCCAUACCAUAUUGGAGAUAUGAUGGAGCCAACAAGGCCCAUGGACGGCCCCACGAUUAAGUUUCCACAGACUUGGGUGCCAUCUUCAAAGCACGUGACACAUGAGUCGUUCCCUGAGUCAAUUCCCCAGCAUGAACGUCAAAUCGCUUCCUCGGGUGCCAUGGCCAUCUACCGUGUCUUGUCCACGGUCAUUUUGCUGGCUCAAGACGAAGGCCAGGCAGCCUCCAUCCCUUUGAAGCACAGCCAGAGACUCUGGAUUUCAGCACAGAUCUUGAGAUUGAAACGGCUGUUGAGGUUUCCAUGUUUGGGUCAAAUCCAGCAUUAA